AUGGGAUGCAAAUGGAAUGUCAGCACCUAGCACUCUCUGUCUGUUUGUUUACUCUAUGUCUGAGUUCAUAGAGCUUGCUCUUUCUCUCUCACACAGGUCAGGGAGAAUUCAGAGGACAGUGCUAAGCUAAGGGAGGUGAGCAAGCGCCUGUAUGCUCAGCUGCAGGAGUCAGAGAAGAGACACCAGGAGGAGAAAGACAGACUGCAGGUCAGUGUUCACCAGAUGUAGAAGAAUAUUCAUCCCCCUUUCUCUCUCUCUCUUUCUUCAGCUCCGAUCCUUUUUUGACUCUACUUAUCUAUUGUCUCAUCUGUCUCCCUCUUUCUUUUCCCCAACCCUCUCUCUCUAUCAUCCUCUCCAUCUAUCGUUUUGUUCUUUGUUCCACUGUUAUCCAGUGUCAUCUCAGAACACAGUCAUUAGUUCCAGUGUCAUCAUGAUGCAUGUGUUGCAUAAUAUUAGAUGACCUCACAUUCUAUACAAGAGGGCUAGCCUUGUCCUCUCACCAUUGUGUGAGUGAUAUUGUACGAUUGAUAAGAAUUACCUAGAAAUAUUACUGUUGACCGCUGAAGGGUAUUCAUCAUUAUCCAUGAUUGUUAUUAGUAUCUUCAAGUCAAUUGCUUUUAAGCCAUCCCAGUCCACAAUUGAACAUGCACUGAUGAAGACAUUUGAACUAUUUCCUGACCAUUACUGUAACUAGAUGUAAUUGGGAACCUUACCUCUCUGGCUUCCCCUGCAGACUGAAAGCGUUGAGUUCAGCUGGCGUCUGGACAAGCAGUCGAAGCACCUGCAGCAAGUGGAGGGGGAGGCAGAGGAGAGAGGUCAGAGGGUGGAGGAGUUGGAGCGGCUGCUGGGGGGCAUGGAGCUGGAGGGUGAUGUCCUGAGGGACAAAAUGGCCACCAGCGAGGCUGAACUGCUACAGCUGAGAGCAGCCAAGGAGGGGGGACAGGAGAAAAAGCAGAGGUGAGGAGGCUCUGUCGCCAUAACCACUACAAAUCAGUCAACUCUACAUGAGUAUACAACAAUACAGUCCUCAGCAACAGACAUUGUAACAUUGCUACUCUAGCCUACAACAUUCAUGAAUUGCCAUACUUAUAAGUCCAAAGUUUGAAGGGAGUAUACAGUAUCUUUUUUAACAAGAUACUUAAAAGGAUACUGUAUACUCCCUUUAAACUUUGGACCCAUAAAUAUGGCAUGUUCAUAUACAGUGUAGAUAUUAUGGUAAUUAUGUUUAUGUAACCAUUGUGUUGUGGUGUGUGUUGUCAGAACUGAGGAGCUGGAGAAGGAGGUGGCUGUCCUGAAGGAGAAGAUCCAUCAUCUGGACGACAUGCUGAAGAGCCAGCAGAGGAAGGUCCGCCACAUGAUCGAACAGGUGAGAACACACACAUGGAUGCACGUACACGCAAGCGGCAGAUACACACAGAUGGAUGUGCACGAAGCGCACAUGCAUAGACACACACGUACACACACAUGCGUACACACACACAUAUACAGUACAUUUGGAAAGUAUUCAGACCCCUUGACUUUUUCCACAUUUUGUUACGUUACAGCCUUAUUCUGAAAUUGAUUAAAUAGUACUCACAACACCCCAUAAUGACGAAGCAAAAACAGGUUUUUAGAAAUGUUUGUACAUUUAUUAAAAAUUAAAAACUGAAAUAUCACAUUUACAUAAGUAUUCAGACCCUUUACUCAUUUUUAUAAAUGUGCAAAAAUUUCUAAAAGACUGUUUUUGCUUUGUCGUUAUGGGGUAUUGUGUGUAGAUUGCUGAGGAAUAUUUAUAUUAAAAUCCGUUUUAGAAUAAGGCUGUAACGUAACAAAAUGUGGAAAAGGUCAAGGGGUCUGAAUACUUUCCAAAGGGACCGUGCACAAACACACACAAACCCUGCAUGCGUAGCAGCCAUCAAUGGGGAAAUGAUAUUGAGGAGGAGGGAGUAGAGCAGGGUUUUUCAAUUCCGGUCCUGGAGGGCCGAAACACUUCUGUUUUUUAUUUCUACCUGGUAGUUAAUUGCACUCACCUGGUGUCCCAGGUCUGAAUUAGCCCCUGAUUAGAAGGAGAGGAUGAAAAACAGAGGUGUUUCGGCCCUCCAGGACCGGAAUUGAAGAACCCUGGAGUAGAGGGUUCCUAAUUGCUUUGGUUUGUAAAGGCGGUAGGGGAGUUACUGUAAUCCACGUGAAACUGUUUGCUGAAACAGAACACUCAUCAUAAAUAAGUGAUGAUAUAUCCUGUUCUGUGGAAGUUACAGAGAAUGUUGGUUUUCUAAAUCAAAUAAAAUCAAAUAAAAUUGUAUUGGCCACAUGCGCCGAAUACAACAGGUGCAGACAUUACAGUGAAAUGCUUACAUACAGCCCUUAACCAACAGUGCAUUUAUUUUUUAAUAAAAAAGUAAAAUAAAACAACAACAAAAAAAGUGCUGAGAAAAAAAGAGCAGAAGUAAAAUAAAAUAACAGUAGGGAGGCUAUAUAUACAGGGGGGUACCGGUGCAGAGUCAAUGUGCGGGGGCACCGGCUAGUUGAGGUAGUUGAAGUAAUAUGUACAUGUGGGUAGAGUUAAAGUGACUAUGCAUAAAUAAUUAAGAGAGUAGCAGCAGUGUAAAAAGAUGGGGUGGGGGGGGCAGUGCAAAUAGUCCGGGUAGCCAUGAUUAGCUGUUCAGGAGUCUUAUGGCUUGGGGGUAGAAGCUGUUGAGAAGUAUUUUGGACCUAGACUUGGCACUCCGGUAUCGCUUGCCGUGCGGUAGCAGAGAGAACAGUCUAUGACUAGGGUGGCUGGAGUCUUUGACAAUUUUGAGGGCCUUCCUCUGACAACCAUGAUAGUUCGUUGGUGAUGUGGACACCAAGGAACUUGAAGCUCUCAACCUGUUCCACUACAGCCCCGUCGAUGAAAAUGGGGGCGUGCUCAGUCCUAUUUUUUUCCUGUAGUCCACAAUCAUCUCCUUUGUCUUGGUCACGUUGAGGGAGAGGUUGUUAUCCUGGCACCACACGACCAGGUCUCUGACCUCCUCCCUAUAGGCUGUCUCAUCGUUGUCGGCCUACUACUGUUGUGUCGUCGGCAAACUUAAUGAUGGUGUUGGAGUCGUGCCUGGCCAUGCAGUCAUGGGUGAACAGGGAGUACAGGAGGGGACUGAGCACGCACCCCUGAAGGGCCCCCGUGUUGAGGAUCAGUGUGGCAGAUGUGUUGUUACCUACCCUUACCACCUGGGGGCGGCCCGUCAGGAAGUCCAGGAUCCAGUUGCAGAGGGAGGUGUUUAGUCCCAGGAUCCUUAGCUUAGUGAUGAGCUUUGAGGGCACUAUGGUGUUGAAUGCUGCGCUGUAGUCAAUGAAUAGCAUUCUCACGUAGGUGUUCCUCUUGUCCAGGUGGGAAAGGGCAGUGUGGAGUGCAAUAGAGAUUGCAUCUUCUGUGGAUCUGUUGGGGCGGUAUGCAAAUUAGAGUGGGUCUAGGGUUUCUGGGAUAAUGGUGUUGAUGUGAGCCAUGACCAGCCUUUCAAAGCACUUCAUGGCUACAGACGUCAGUGCUACGGGUCGGUAGUCAUUUAGGCAGGUUAUCUUAGUGUCCUUGGGCACGGGGACUAUGGUGGUCUGCUUGAAACAUGUUGGUAUUACAGACUCAGUCAGGGACAUGUUGAAAAUGUCAGUGAAGACACUUGCCAGUUGGUCAGCACAUGCUCGGAGCACACGUCCUGGUAAUCCGUCUGGCCCUGCGGCCUUGUGAAUAUUGACCUGCUUAAAAGUCUUACUCACAUUGGCUACGGAGAGCGUGAUCACAUAGUCAUCCGGAACAGCUGGUGCUCUCAUGCAUGCUUCAGUGUUGCUUGCCUCGAAGCGAGCAUAGAAGUGGUUUAGCUCGUCUGGAAGUCUUGUGUCACUGGGCAGUGUAUCUAAGUGUAUUUGUUUUGUGAGUGUUACAGCUGCAGAACUCACGGACAGUGAUCCAGGAGAGAGAUCGAGUGAUCAGGGAUCUAGAGGAGAAGGUGGCUUUUCUGGAAGCUGAGGUCAGUACUCAUACAGCUAUCUGUGUUGUGGUAUAUGUGUGUGUGCGUGUGCGUGUUUUUGAGGGAUAAGGGUCCCUGUGUUAGGUCCCUCUCUCUCUGAAUGACUUUUCACCCCUCUCCUCUCCAGAACACAGAGAUGCGUGACCAGAUGGAGUACUUCCUGGAGGGUCAGAAGCCCGCCUCUCCGCCCACCAAAGAAUGCAAACCCAAACCCCAGAUCGUCUACAGGUGA